CAUAUUGGAUCCGAGUGCAACGCUGUGUGCGGCAAAACGCCAUUUUUCAAUCAAUUCUGAAAAAUUUUUCUUGUGGCGUGGUUUGCGGCAAUCUUCCGAAAAAGUGAAAUUUAUAAAAAACCAAGCAAAACCACAAGUUAUUAACGCUUUUAAGAUCAAGAAUGGAUAAUUAUAACGCAGGAGGUGGUUAUGGUGGCGCUGGUGGCGGAGGAGGUUACAAUAACUUCUCCGUACCACCGCCAAAUUUCCAGCAGCAAAUGCAACCAAAAAGUGGUGGCUAUAAUGACCAAUCUUCUUACAACAAAGGAGGUUAUGAUUCUGGCAAUCGUGGUGGUGGUGGCGGCGGUGGAUGGAACGAUCGAGGUGGUAGUGGAGGCGGUAGUUAUGGAAAUGGAGGCGGCAGCAAGGACGGCUACAAUAAAGGCGGGUUUGGUGCCGGCGGCAGCGGCGGUGGUGGUGGUGGCGGUGGCGAAAUGGUUACGCAAGAAGAUACAAUUUUUGUCUCUGGUAUGGAUCCCUCAACCGAUGAAUUGGCCAUCGAAACCCAUUUCGGUGCGAUCGGCAUUAUAAAGAAAGAUAAGAGGACAAUGAAGCCUAAAAUUUGGUUGUACAAGCACAAAGACACCGGGCUCUCUAAAGGGGAAGCUACUGUAACCUAUGAUGAUACUAAUGCUGCCCAGUCGGCGAUCGCUUGGUUUGAUGGACGCGAUUUCAAUGGCUGCUCGAUUAAAGUUUCUUUGGCACAGCGCCAAAAUAAUUGGAAAGGAGGUCGCGGUGGUGGUAGCGGCGGCGGUGGUGGUUUUGGUGGUCGUGGCGGACCCGGUGGUGGUCGUGGUGGGGGCGGCGGCGGCCGAUUUGAUCGCGGUGGUGGCGGCGGCGGUGGACCGGGUGGGGAUUACGAUUCGGGACGAGGCGGUGGCGGCGGCGAUCGUGGAGGUCGUGGCAGAAUGGGUGGUGGCGGCGGUGGAGCCGGUGGCGGUGGUGGCGGUAAUGUACCACAACGCGAAGGUGAUUGGAAGUGCAGCAGUUGCAAUAAUACAAACUUUGCUUGGCGUAACGAAUGCAAUAGAUGCAAGGAGCCGAAAGGCGAUGCAGGAAAUGAAAGCGGUGGCGGCGGGGGCGGUUACAGCAGUGGAGGUGGCGGUUAUGGUGGCGGUGGUGGAGGUGGCUUCGGCAGCGACCGCGGCAGUGGUGGUGGCGGUUAUGGCAGUGAUCGUGGAGGUGGUGGCGGUGGCUAUGGAAAUAGAGACCGCGGAAGUGGUGGUGGCGCCGGCGGUGGUGGGGGCUUCAACCGAUUUGGUGGUGGUGGACGCGGUGGUGGUGGCGGCGGAGGAGGCCGUGGAAUGGGCGGCGGUCGUCGCGAUGGCGGUGGUGGUGGUGGCCCUGCUAGAGGAGACGGUGGCAAUCGGCCUAGACCCUAUUAACUGUCGUUUGGUUCGUUUACCGGUUUUACGUUAUAUGUGUAUUUAACUUUAGAAAACAUUUUUUUAAGUAAAGCGAAUAUGUUGUAAAAUGAUCAUAAUUACAUAUUACAGCUACACUCAAAUAUCAACAGUUUGUAAAGAAAGUAUGGAACAUGUAUUAAAAAGUAUAAUGACGAAUGUAUAUUACGAUAUACCAAUUACUUUCCAAAUAAACAAUCGUCGGAAUGUUUUAAUUUCAAUGACAAAAUAAUAUA